ACUCGCCGGAGACUCGAGCCGCUCACUGCCACUCGAACCUCGGGACCGGACCGGCCGCGCCGCGACAUAACCUCCACGCGCCGCGAGUGCUCGCGCCAACGCCGAAAUGCACCCCCGCCAAGUUUGACAAGUGACACGCACCCUGCCCCCUUCCCCCAAGUGAUUGUGUAGCCAGUGGAGUUAAAGUGCUAACCAUGGUUUGUGUACCGCUCCCCAGCCUGUCUGUUAUCAAGAUACUGAAAAUUCUAAGUGCGGUAUCAAUAGCUGUUAGAGCAACGUUAUUGGAAGGUAGUUCGAGUAGAGGCCAAAAAUGCGUUGGAAAUGGAGAGAAAUUAAAAUAUCUCUGGGGCGACGCCCUCACCGACACUUCAAAUUGUAUAGGACCAAAUAAUGCUCCGUAUCCAUAUUCAAUAAUUUCAAAAACUUUUAGAAGAAAUCAAAUGUCAAGAAUGGGGCGAUCAUUCAAUGCUGUAGAUCCAUUGCUGACGAGUAGGAGUUUAUUAAAAAAUUAUGAAUUGAAUAACCAAUUACAAGAGGACGUCACGAUAAGUCGUUCAAGAAGAGAUUAUAGUCACAGAGACACAUGCACGGGUACGCCGUCCCGGCUAUGCAAAACGCGGUACAACACGACGGCACCCAUGUACGGAGUGUCGCUGACGUCAGGGCAGCCAGUGACCAUCGUUCAGAAGUUUCCCGAUCUCCUCCAACAAGUAGUCUAUGAAGUUUGCGAAUCUCCGGAGUGUGACGUGGUCAGAGGAGAGUGCACACAAACUUAUGUGCCGUACUUAUUCCUCGUGAUCCCUUUGGGUCCAGUCACGCUGACCGGUCAGGAUUACGUUUUAGUGGAGUCCGGCUGCGUCUGCAAGCCCAAAUACGCGUCGAAAAGCUUCCACGAGCAAAGUACAAUCUCGGCCAUACCUAAUCUAUAGGGAAACCUUGUGCACCUACUCCUCACGCAAAUAACCAAAGAAGUUGAAUCCUGAGAUGAAGUCUCUACUAGCCGUCAUCGCUAUCUGAAGUCUUCGAAUAGAAGAUUGUUUUUAAAUACAUAUUAUUUACUUGAUUUACGCAUAAAGAUGAAGCUCUCAGUUGGCUGUGAUUGUGUAAUUUUUCAAGUAUAGUUAUCGUAAUUUUUGCUAAACACUCAUCACCAUAAACUGUGCGUGGCUUAGAGAAAUAUAUCCAAAUCUAAGUGAGACUCACUUUGGGUCUCAUUAGAGAAGUUGACAAUUAUUAAGGGUUGAGUACAAGAGUUAUGAUUAUGCGUCUUUAUUUGUUAAAGUUCAUUUUUUUCUGUUGUGUGGGUGCUUUUUUAACCUGAAAUACACAAAAAAUCUUGUCAUUGAGCUUCUAUGUGGGCUUACAUAUAAAUAUAAAUUAAAAUUAUUUAUCAGAAGAAAUGCGUAGACGAAAAGGGUCUGCAUGUUUCAGAGACCGGUUCAAAGAAGGCUGUAUUUUUGUUUUCAGACCUUAUACGUGUCUGCUAAAAACCGGAUGGUAUUCUAGAUUUACAUACUUGAUAAGAGGAGGGUCACAAAAUUUUGAACAGGACCAUGACUUAAAUAGAUUUUCCCGCUAAAGUAAACAUGUUAUGAGGAAUACACGGCAGUUCCUAAAAGUGACCGAGAGUAUUUGAAGGCACCCUUCUCUAUAUGUGUUCUGAGCGAAGUACAAAAAUUAAGAGAGGUAUUGAACUGGUGCUCUGAAUGAGCAGAACUCUUGAAAAUGGAAAACAAUGGGAAUUAAUUUUUCAUCAUUCCUCUGAGGAAUGAAAGUUUCUGAUUCUGCGUGUGCUUAGCGCUAAAAAGCUCCCCAUAAUAAUUCGACUUUUUUCGAAUUUUUACAAGCCAUUAGAGUUGUAAAUUUUUUUGUUAAUAUAUUCGAUCUUUUGUACAAAGUAAUUAUUUAUUUAAUUUAUUGAUUUAUGUAUUUAUUUAUUAAUUUAAUUGGUGAAGAAAUAAUGAGAAAAAUGAGUGUGGGUGUAUUGAACGAUAUGGAAUCUUGACUUGGAAAUCAUAUACCUAAUAAAAAUUGAACCUAGUGGGAGGUUAUGUGUACUUCAGAUAAUUCCACCAUUAAAAGGAGUAACGAGUGAACAAACUUGUUUAAAUUUCUAAAGAUCGAAACUCUAUGAACAAAUAAAAAUUAAUCAACAAAUUAUGAGAGGUUCACAGGCUAAAUACUUUUGUAAUUUUCCAAAAUACAGUCACAGACAUUCAUAGUUGAAGGAAUAUUUUGGAUUUAAAGCAUGUAGAGUUUUAAAUUGUGCUAGAUUAAUGUAUCAACAUUUUUCCAUUCAUUUUCCAGCUUCAGGUCGUAAAGACUAUUUUCUAUGUUACAAAAAACGCUAUUUUACAUCAUUAUUCAUCACCAAAUAUACAAUUUUUCUUACA